AUGCCUCGAAAGCCAGAUCCUAUCGCUCUUGGGCGUCGACUUAUUCGCGGCCAUAUGUACUGGUUACUGGUAGCCAGCAAGGUUCUGUCGCUUCUCCCGUAUUGCCUGACCGUAGCCGAGUAUUUAUUGCUGGCGGAACCUUGUUUUCAGCAGCACAACCUCGCACCGUGUCGAACGUCAGCUCUCUACCCGGCGGUUUGGUGCAUGGCGAGCGGCUACAUGGCAUAUUUGAGUUUAGAUGGGUUGAUUGUGCGCUGGAUCGUUACAUACUCCCAAAUUGCCGCGACUGUCCGCAUGGUGUCCUGUGUUUUACUGAACUACUUGUUUAUUCAGUCGUUUUCCCGCUUCGGCACCAGCGACAUCCAGGCCCUGCAGAUUUGGGUGUUUAUCACCUGUGUGCUCACUGUGUCAUAUAUUCUGCAGAGCUUUAUUGCGUCUAAUAUGGCGGCAAACACCAAGGAGCGCACGUUAAACCUGUUCCACACCGCGGUCUAUGCGGUGAUUCCUAUUGGACUGGCAUCCUUUUUCACGAUGAUUGGCAUGAUAAGGACAGUGAUGAUGCUACAAUAUCAAUUAAAUAAAGUGUGA